CCUAACCACCAAAAAGAAGAAAACAACAGACACUUAGUCUCGAGAAAAAAAUCAUAAAUAAACAGUUUCGAGUUCCCUGACACCAAUUCUCUCAGUCCCCAUGUGACACCCCAUCCUCACAAUAUUCACAUCAUCCCAGAUGUGAUCAGUGACAAGAAAAAUUCCCAGGAUCCCUCGAGAUAGAAGAAAAAUCCGCCGGUGAAUCCUCAAAUAAUUUGGGAUAAAUUGAUCUAAAUAAUUGGGAAAUGGACGUGGAGAGGCUGGUCUUUGCUGGCAUUGGUUUCGCCAUAGGAGUGGGUGCCUUCGUCCUCUGGGGGCCCACCCCCAGGCCCAGGAGAAGAGGUCAAGUCGCUGGGAUAACGAACCUGGGGUACACUUGCUUUCUGAACUCACUUCUGCAGGCCCUGGGGGCAUGCCCGACCUUCCUCAAGUGGCUGAAUGAGAGGGCAGCCAGGAGCAAGGCCACCAGCUUCACCAGCAAUUUAAUUCUCGUCCUGGACAGGAUCAAUGGGUUCUCGGAGGACCUCUAUGGGGAUGUGGCUCCCAUCGAGGUUAUAACCUCCUUGGGGGCACUGUGGAGCUUCGAUCCGGGGUAUCAGGAUGCUCAUGACUUGUUUCAUGUCGUCCUGAUGGCACUGCAGAAUGAAGCACAGACGCCAACUAGGCGCGGCUGUCUCUCCGACGCCCUCCCCUCCUCCCCGCCCCCCUCCGACCCCCCAACCCUCCGAAGUGUCUCCUGCAACGACAUCCCCCAGGAGGACCCCUCAAAGCCCCUGAAGCCCUCCGAACUCCCAACGAACCCCCUGACCUCAUCCACGAGAUCAAUUCCCCCCCUCUCCACGAAGAAGCCCGGAGUGAUCCUCGCGAGGUCCUCAGAGGUCCUCACGAAGUACCUGAAGGAGGAGGCACUGGAGAGCCCUCUGAGGGCUGCCUGGACGUCCUUGAUGGCAAUUCCCCAGGUGACGGCGCCCCUCGCCAACGAGAACCAUCCGUUCUCUGGGUUCUUAACGAGUCAGUUGAAGUGCACGAGGUGCCAGUGGAGGUCGCCAGUGAGAUACGACAAAUUGGAGACUGUCUCUCUGCCCCUGCCACCGGCCGGGGAGGGCCUCCCCUGGCGGCGUCACACCCUGGGGAAGUUGUUCUCGAGGCUGGUGACCAGCGAGAUCAUCAACAAUGUCGAGUGCGACGGCUGCGGGACGAGAUCGCCGGCCAUGAAGACGUUGACGAUGGGGAAAUUGCCGAGAUGUCUGUGCAUUCACGUGCUCAGGACCACCUGGGGAUCCUCCGGGGCACCCGUCAAGAGGGACGACGUCGUGAUAUUCCCCGAGGUCUUUGUGCUCGAUCCUUUCACGUUUAAUGAGGCCAAGAAGAGGAAUGGCCAGGCCACGCUGCCUGUUCUGGUGAUCAAUAGUCAGGCCAGUGGACAGGGGAAGCACAAGUAUCGGCUCACAGCUGUUAUUGAGCAUCGGGGGAGGGUCGACACUGGGCAUUUCGUGUGCUAUCGCAGGGGGAAUCGGCCCCAGCAGUGGCUCUACACCUCGGACAACGUCGUGGAGAAGACCACGUUGACUGAUGUUCUAUGUGCUAAUCCUUAUUUGAUUUUUUAUGAGAGGAUUGAGGGCCUGUAGCUGGAGGCGACGAUCAGGAUUUUCGACGCGGUUUUAGAGGAGAAUAUCUCGUGACGUGGUGAGGCGAUUUCAAGGAGGCUACGAUCAUUUUGAGGGGAUUUUUCGGAGCUGCGGAGUGAAGGAGAAAUUGGGGAAUUUCACUCUGCCGAUCGGGAGAUAUUCAGGGAAAACUGCCGGUGAAAUUUGGUUCUGAAUGAGGAAUUUUGAUUUCGGGUCUAUCGGCUUUUUGGAAAUAUCUCAAAAGCUGUGGGAGAUGCGGACUUUUUUGUUAAUAGGUUUUUUGGAGAGCGAGAAGAGAGCUACGGAAAAGGGAUUAAUGGUUUUUUUUGUGGGUCCAGUGGGUGUCGAGAUAUUUCCGAAAAACUGGGGGUUGAAUUCAAUGUGAGGGAGUUCGUAUUUAAUUUAUUACUAGGGUAUCCAACAAAUGGCAAUUGAAAUCCUUCAGAGACUGAAAAAUAAUCACUAGAGCUUAACUAAUUUACCCUCGUCCUGUCUAGGGGAUUAGGAUGGGAGAUUUGAUCUCCGUGUUUUAGGAGUCGUGAACUGUCGAUUGUUAUUUCGAUUGAUUUGACAAGUGCCAAUUAUUUUUGAGUCCCAAGACUGCCGGGGGUUUCUUCAUUUUUCACGUGCCAUAUUCAGAAUUUAGGGGUCAUUCGCAGUGCCUAAGUAUUUUUUACAUUCAUCCAGAGAUGUUUUCAGAGGUUUAUAAUUUUUUUUUUGAGAUUCCAUUUGUAUAAAUUCGUUUAGUUACUCUGGAGUUAUUUUUUCUAUGUUGAGUUUAUUCUUCCGGAUAUUCGUGGGGGUAGGAUUAUCGUAAGAAUUAUGAUAAUUGUAAGUAGAUUAUAGUCUUUAUUAGGUGACAAAAUUAUUACGAAAAUAAAGAUGUGAAGCUCUCAACUAA